AUGACUCUCCAACCUUUCAGCCUUGACCGCUUCCCGAGCGGGAAACCACAUCUGCGUCAAGUGGAUCAAUUUCACAGCUGGGAGAGGAUAGUCCACAAGUACAGCGGAUGUCAACUCACCUAUCCAGAGAAGGAUAAGCUUGCUGCUUUUGCCGCGGUAGCUCAGCGCUUUUCUCCCGACUUCGGCGAGGAUUACUACGCCGGGCAUUUUCGACAGAAUAUGCCCUUUGAUCUGGUAUGGCAUGUGUUCACGCCACACUCUGAAGAAAAGUCUGCGACAAGACGCCACCCGACGUGGAGUUGGACGAGUGUUAAUUCACAAAUACUCCGAGUCCACGCCACCGUCUUCGACCGGUCUUUGGUCGAGGUAGAGGAUGGACAGCGCAUGCACCGGAAUAUUUGGACAGUCCAUUCGCGGGAAAUAGUAGGACACGAUGAUCACUUUUCUGAAAUGGAGUUGAUCAUAGAUCUGGACGGGCCUGAAAAGGAGAUACAGGAAGACGUGUACUUCAUACCGGUGCUCGAGUUCGGCGGGAGCGGGAGCAAGAUUAGGGAUAUCAUGGGACUUGCGUUGCUGAAACAGGAGGAUGGUUUUUAUAGGAGAGUGGGCAGCUGGAGCGCUCGGAUCGACUUAUCCGAUUUGAAGAGUGGGCCGAUGUUCGAAGUUAUGGAUAAGUACUCGGAUUUUCAUCAAGUCGUUGUGGUCGUUUGA